AUGACUGUUCUGAACAGCUCCAUAGACAAAUGGUCCUUCAAUGAACGAGGCUCGUUCUAUCACCUGAACCCUGGGGAGCUGAGGGUCCUGGUGCCAGCUAUCCUGGGAGUCAUCUGUGUCUUAGGUGUGGCUUGUAAUCUCACUGCGAUGGUCAUCUUGUUCUCAAAUUCACAUAAGGGCAAACUGUCUCUCAUCAACUCCCUCAUCUUCAACCUGAUGUUUGCUGAUGGGCUGGUGCUCGCGUUUUCCAUGCCUUUCAGGGCUGCUUCCUAUUCCAGAGCCAGCUGGAAUCUGGGAUGGUUGGUGUGCAAGACGGCUGACUGGUUCCUCCAAUCCUGCAUGGCAGCGAAGAGCUUCACAGUGGCAGUCAUGGCCAAAGCUUGCUACCGCUACGUGUCCAACCCCACCAAGCAAGUGAGCAUCCACCUGGGCUCCAUCCUGGUAGUGCUCUUUUUCAUCUGGCUGUCCGCCUGCUCUGUCACCAUCCCUCACUGGCUCUAUGCUACACUGCAGAGAAAGAUACGCGGGGUAGUGUGUGUGCUGAUGGUUCCUCCUAAAGCCCGGAAUUUUAUGACUGUGUACGUCAAAGCAUACCCCCUAGGGGUGUACUGUGCACCUCUCAGCUUUUCCCUGAUGUAUUUCUGGAGGGCUUAUGGCCAGUGCCAGCGCCGCUCCAGUAAGACUCAGAAUCUACGUACACAGAUCAGAUCCAGGAAGCUCACCUUGAUGUUAUUCAGCCUGACUGUGGCUAUGGCUAUUCUCUGGCUUCCUCAGUGGGUGGUGUGGGUUUGGGAGCGUCAUAUAGCAGAGAAAGAAAUUGAAGGAGCUCAGCCUCUCCUCUCCGCUCCUCCUCUUCUUCUAACCCUCUCAGCUCAGCUGCUCACCUUCUCUCUGUCGCUAGUGAACCCUCUCAUCGUCCUCUCCCUCUCCGAGGAGUUCAGAGAGGGCUACAGGGGGCUGUGGAGGCGCCUCACCCUGCGCAAACAACCUCCACAGAAGCCAAAGCCCGGACCUCACAACCCUACCACUCUACAGUCGCCUUGUCCUAGACCAGAGACCUCAGGCCAGCUGAGAGGGGAGAGGAGCCUUCGAUCAAGCUCCAGCCAGGUUCCCAGCAGAGACGCUCAACUCCAGCCAGAACAAGGUGGAGGACGUGGAGGGGGAGGAGGAGGAAGAGAAGCAGACAGGGUAAGUCUCAAAGAUGGGAUUGUCUUGCCUGAUGUGGAGCAGUUCUGGCACGAGAGGGAGACAGGAUCGAACACAGAUGAAAAUGAUCCUGUGCCGUGGGAGCAUCAGAGCAAAGAGGGCAAAAAAUAA